AUGAGGCUCCUGCCCAUUGCGCUCCUCUUCUCAUACUGUUUUAUAGGUUCUGCUAACCAGGGUGGUGCAGACAAUGCAGAUUGUAAUGACCAAACGGUUUUUCAGGCAGCAGAUGAGGUGCUAAGGUCCUUAAAUGACGCAAAAGAAGAUGGGAACCAAUUUGCCCUCUACAGAAUCACAGAGGCUGCAAAAAAGGAGGAAAGUGGCAGAGUUACAUUUUUCAUCACCUUCGAAAUGCAGGAAACUGUGUGUGGAGUAAAAAAUGGCAUAUAUUGGCAAAGAUGUGCCUUCAAAGCAAAUGAAGCAGACUUUGGUGAAUGCUCAGCACAUGUUUUAGUCAACACAGAAACAAAUAGUAAGAAGGUUAUUUGGCAAAACUGUUUUACUGCCAAAGGGUGGCAGCCAAAAACACCAAAGAUACUAGUUUUAGAGCCAACUGUGUCGGUUGUCCAACGCUCUCUCCUGGGAAGCUAUCACAUCAUAGACACCAAAAGUGAGAUGUUGUUACCAAUAAUUCAGUCGGCAAUUGAAAAAAUGAAUAGAGUGGGAAACCACCAAUUCCACUUUGACCUUGAAAAUUUUGCAAAGGCGGAGCAACAGGUUGUAAGUGGAUGGAACUACAUACUCGAGUACAAAAUCCGCCAAACAAAUUGCUCCAGAAAUGUAUUUCCUAAAUGGUCUCCAGCAGAAUGCUCACUUGACAAAAAUGGGCAAGAUGGUAAUUGUAUUACCCGAGUGUUUGUUACACCAAAUGAAGAAAUCAAGGAUAUAUUUUUAAAUUGCCACUCAAGCACAGGAUUUUGUCUUAGCUGCCCUGAUGCAGUGGAAGCUACUGAUCCUGAACUGCUGUAUUUGCUGAAGCAAUUUAUUGAGGAAUAUAAUUCAGACAGUAAUCAUACAAACCUUUAUAAAGUUCAGAACAUUGAGACUGCCACAAGGAAAUUGGUUCAAAAUAAAAAGCAAUACACAGCAAUGUUCAGAAUCCAGGAGACCAAUUGUUCAAAGUCAAACCCUAACAUCAUGGGAGCGGAAUGUGACAUUCAACCAAUGGGGAGUAAUCUGUCAUGUGAAGCAAGCAUCAAUGUUGCAGAUGAAACAGUGAAUGUUCUACAAGACUACAGAUGCAACCCUUUUCUAGAAGGAAAUGUAAUGAAUAUACGCACGUCUAUAAAAGGUUUAUCACCUCUUCGCAGUGUUCCAAUCCUUGCUGUUCCACAAAGGCGGGUGGCUCGUUCAUCAAAACACAAGGGGAAGGAGCGACAUGGAAAAAAUGGAAAAGAACCAAAGAAAGAUAAAAAAGACAAAGAGGGUAAAAAACAUAAAGACAAGCAUGAUCAUUCUUCUGAGGAAUCUGCAGAGGAAAACAGACAUCAGCCACAACGUCUGCCUAGACCUCCACAGAACAUUCCUCGAGUGCCAGAGAUAGACACCAGUGUGCUAGUGGCAACAACCCAACAGGUUAACCCAACAAAUACAGAUAAAGUUGUUGGUCCGCCAUCAACACAGCUUCCUACGCUAUUGAUACCUCACCUUUCACAAUCUUCACCACUGAAACCUACAGUUCAAGACCAACAAGAAACAUAUCCAAAUAUUAAUGAAACCGUUACAUUAGAUCUUCCAGUUCUAUCACCUGAAUAUACCCCAAAGUGCCCAGGAAAGCUAUGGCAGCCAUUAUUGCCUAUUCUACAAAUUACUACUGACAAACCAUUUGUUAUUAAAGGUGUUUCAUUUAAUGAUGAUGAUCUACUUCUAUAAAGUGAGGAACAGAUACUAUCUAUAGAUACAGCUGGAACAUUCAAUGAUAGUGACAUGAAUAUCUAGAGUAAAAAAUAGUAUAAAAAUCUAUUUCUGUGUGUC